GUGUAUAACUUCCCGAAACUUCGGCCAUCGUUCGAGACGACGCUGAGUCUUCUUGAGAUUGCCUACCUCCACGGAUUCGAUCACUGCUCAGACCAAUUGAUCUCGCGCCUUGCAGGCUUUGGACAGAUAUUCCUCGACCAACAGGGAAUGCUCAGCAAGAUUGCUGACGCUCGUACAAUUGCCGCUCUCUUCUCAGCUGCUCCAAAGGAUAAAAUAGUCGUAAAGAAGUUCAUACAUUGCCUGACAUCGGUGGGAAGUAGAAGUGGAGGAAUGACGUUCAUUAUUAUCAUGUAA